AUGACCUAUAUAUUCAACCUUGGCUUGAGAAACCAACUGGCCGUCGUCAAUGAAAGGGUUGUCAAUUUUAAAGAAAUGAGUGCAUCCUAUUAUGAUCCUCAAAGUUGUGUUUCUAAACAAGGUUGGGAUGGUUGCUUUAAAAUAGUCUCUGGUCAUACUUAUCCAUGUUUAAUUAAAUAUUUCUGGAUUUAUGCUUCUUUUGAGCUCAAUCUAAAACAAGGCAUCCUCUACAAAGCUUCUGAUGUACAUUUCAACAUCAUCUCAGCCACUUUUGCUAAAGCAAAAGACUGUGAAGUUUAUAAAGUUACUCCAAAUGUCUAUGUUUUGAAACAAAUUCAGCAUGUCUCUGUGGAUACCUCUAAUCUAUUUAAGAUACCUAAUCUUGGGAAAAUGAAUGUAUCAGUUCACAUUAAAAUGAAAACAAUUGUGAUUACAAUGGCUAAGGAAGAAGAGUCUGAAGAAUUUCUUCAGAAGGCCUAA